AUGGUCUAUCCAAUCAAAAUUCCGACUCGUGUGCAGCCAGUGGUGAAACCAGAUGUCAGCGAUCCUGGCGUCUACACAAACAAAUUACACUACUUCGAGACCGAAAUAAUUGACAAGAUGUCGAAGAAACCGUUUGCCGUGGACUUCUUGCAGCCGGUGGACACGGUACUCCUUGGAGCUCCCACUUACUAUAAGGACAUAGAAAUGCCCAUGGACCUGGGCACUAUCAAGCAGAGGCUGGAGUACAACUACUACCACAACGUGGCUAAAAUGAAGCAUAUGCCCAAGGGACCCGAAGUUCCGCACGGAAAGUAUUUUCCGAACGCAGACCCGGAGACUCCUGUUCAGUUGGCUGCCUUGGAGACUUCCAUUAUCAAAACCAUCAAAACACAGUUGGCGGCCGUGCAACCUCAACCCACCGUCCUGAAUCCAUUCUGGCCGUCUGCUGCUCCUGCCACUUCGAACGAACCGCAGCGACAGUUUUACGAGAACGUGGAGAAGCUGAUGGAGCACAUCAGCGACGCGGACACAAUGAUAAGAGAGUUUUUCAUGCCCCGCUUGAAUUUUAUGAUAAUGGAUCUGGAGGAGUCCUGCAAGACCGUCGAGAAUCUAAAGCUCUUCACCAAAAGCCUCUUCGAGGAGUACCAUCAGCGUGCCAAAAAGAUACAAGAGAUCAAGAGCAAGAGUUCCGGUUUAAGCCUCAAGAACUCAAGAGAGGUUUAUGAAGAGUCGAAGCAGCUCAGCGCCGUGUCAAAUAAUCUGAAUGUGCACAAAUUGAAAAAUCCCCACAAGGUCAAGCAGGCCGUGGAUGACUGGAAUGAGCAAUUCAUCGCGAUGGAAAAUAAAGUGCGGACCAUCGAGACGAACUGGAACCUCCAACAAGACCACAAAUAA